AGAUGAUGGAGCAGGCACGACGACGCUAGAAUUAAGGCCUCACUUAAUCGAUCUCUGAGUUCAUCUGUGUGUCGUUGAAAAAUGGACACAGAUAAGGAAAAAGGUGGAUUGUAGUGUGUUCCAAUAGGAGGCGGCAACAGCGGUGAGAAGUCGCCACGACCACGACCCGGCUUUGAGCUGAGUGUGAUGCCGCGGCUGCGCAAGCUCAACCUAGGCGGAAACCGAAUACUUUCUUUCUCGGAAAUAAUCG